AUGUCGUCCACCGCCCACUCACCUCAAAAGAUCAAGCUCUGCGAGCAUGUGUUGCUCCAGCACUUUGGUCCCAUCGCCGCACGAGUUGGGGCGCUUUUGCUCAAAAGAGGUCGACUCAAUAUCCGCGAGAUCCAGCGUUUCCUCAAUCAAGCACCUACGCGCACCAACCGUGGCCCCACCGACCCUUUCAGCAAUGCCAGCACAACACAUAGCAAACCCACUCUGGUAUCAGCGCCAAUCGCAGGUGCCAGCUCCAGCCACAAUACCGGCGAUCCCAAUGCUCCCGUCCCCGUUCCAAAACUUCUGGUAGAGCAGACCGUUAUGACUCUCAUCCAACAUGGUUGUGCUUGGCACAGCUCUACAGAUCCCGAAUUGGCCGAUCCAAACGAAGAGUUUUUCGAGAUCAACGUCAACCAAGUGCUGUUGCGCUUGCGAUUCGGUAAAUACAUCGGCAUUGCUGAGCAGGAGCUAGGCGACACUGCAGCUAGGAUUGUCAAGCUCGUCUUGCAGCACGGAAAGCUUCAGGCUAGCGACAUUAUCGACCGUACCGCUUCGGACAUGGACACGCAGCGCAAGGCAUCGCUCGCUGCUGCCCAGGCUCAUCUGAACGGUGACCCACCAAACCGUACCGCCAACGGCUCGAACAAACGCAAAGCAGGCGCCACAGAUCCACUUGCAGAAUUGCAGGCGCAGGUCGCACGCCACUUGACCAUCAUGCUUUAUCGCACCUAUUUGCGGCCGAGUUCAGUCCACCAGCAUGUUUCGCCUCGAGAUAAGGAGAUCAAGUAUGAAGCCAAGAAGCGGCGUGAACUGCGUGGUAUUCCUACACCAAAGGAUCUGCAGCGUAUUCGCGAGGACGUUCGAGUUCAGAUUGCAGAGGAGAGGGAUGCAGAUUGGGACGUCUCGGCAACUACCGUGACACUCGGAGCUGAUGGAUUGACUGCCGACCACCGAGAAACACGGCUUGGCUUGAUCCGUAAGAAGCAGAGCGCUAUUGCUGUAGCCAACGCAGCCAGCAAGAGCAAGCGGUCCAAGUCCAGCAGCAGCAGCAAGGACAAGAAGGGCAAAGACAACAAGAACGGCGUCAACGGCAUACACUUGGCGGAAGGCUUCGACCCUGCAGAUGACUUUGAGAUCGACCCUACAAUCUGGCUUCGAAUCCACUACGAUCGCUUUGACGUCCACCUUCGGGACGGAAUCAUGAUCGAUGCAGUACGGGAAAAGUACAAUAACACGGCCGCAGAAGUCUUCCGCCAGCUCAUCUACGCAGGUGACGCAUCAACAAAGAAGUCGGUACGUGACAUUCGUAGCGCACCCAUCUCCAUCACCGCUCUCUCUCACAAGCUCCCCUCGGAUCUUUCGCUGCAAAAAGGUUUCGACCGACGCUCGUUCGGUAAAGACAAAAGCUCUCUCCCCAGUCGUCAAGAGUUCCUUGCAGAAUACUGUGCCAUCUUCUCCAACUGCGAAGACGUUUCUGGAAAGUCAAAAACCUCGCGCUUGAUGGCCCCGGCCUCGGAUAGCAGCACCAAAACAGCUGGUGGGUCCAAAGUUGCCUCUUCACUCACGAUCGAAUUCAGCAACGUCGCCGAACGAAUGCGUCGAGAUCUCCUCCGCAACGUCAUCGAAGAAAAAUUUGGCACUGCAGCAAUCCGCAUCAUGAACAUCCUCCGUGAAAAGGGAAAACUGGAAGAGAAACACAUCUCGAAACUUGCACUCGUAUCCAUUUCCGAGACUAGAGAUCUUUGUUCUCGUCUCUUCCACGCUUCCUUGUUGGGAUUGCAAGAAGUUCCGAAGACCAAGGAUAGGGAUCCGGCAAAGACGUUUUUCUUGUGGUUUGUAGAUGAAGCAAAGUGCAGAGCUUGGCUGUUGGAUCAUCUUUAUCAGUCUUUAGCGAGGUUGGGUCAGAGGAGGAAUGAAGAGAUGAGGAGACAGCUGACGCUGUUGAGGAAGGUGGAAAGAAGUGAUGUCAAGCUGGACACGGUUGGAUUGUUGACAGAAUGGGAAAGGCAGACUUGGGAUAGAUUGCAGAGAGUGUUGCAGAUGUUGACGGUGGCGGAAAUGAGAACGGAGAUGGACGUUUUUGUGAUGAGAGAUCUUGCUGCUGGGACUUUUGUUAGUGAUGAGCAGUAG